AUGCCAAGGCUGUGUUGGUGCCGUGAAAAGGUUCUUGGAAAACUUGAAGAAAGUGACGGUGAAAAGCAAUUUGUCCUUCAAACCGUUUCCAAAACUGGCAAGAAGACUGCCUAUUGGGAAGCAGAAGCACCAACAAAGCCUGAAGCAAAGCCUGCAGAAGCUGUGGCUGCAGCUUAG